AGGGGUGAGGAGAGAGAGCAAAGCAUCGAAACAGGGACUUCCCUGAGCCUCCAUCAUCUGCAGGGAGGGAAAACACAUACACACACACCGCCUCCCACACACACUCACGUACACACACAUACACACCGCGCUGAGAGCGAGCGAGAGGCUUUACACAGCUUCACAAGAAAUCAAGAUAAAGGGAGUGUAACCUGCCACAAUGGAGGAAAACAUGGAUGAAUCGCAAAGCCAGAAAGGCUGUAAGGAGUGCUGCGAGCGAUGUGUGGGAAGUCUGCCCUGGGCGUCCCUCAUCGCCACCAUCCUCCUCUACAUGGGCGUGGCCUUGUUCUGUGGGUGUGGCCACGAGGCCCUGAGCGGCACCGUCACCAUCCUCCAGAACUACUUCGAGGUCAUCAGAGCUCCUGGAGAUACUCUGGACGUGUUCAUCAUCAUUGACAUCCUGAAGUACAUCAUCUACGGCCUUGCAGCAGGGUUCUUUGUGUUCGGGGUGCUGUUGCUGGUGGAGGGGUUUUUCACCACCGGAGCCAUCAGGGACCUCUACGGAGAGUUCAAGAUCACCGCCUGCGGACGCUGCCUGACUGCAUUCCUGAUGUUCCUGGCCUACCUCUUCUUCCUGGUGUGGCUCGGUGUGACUGCCUUCACCAGCCUGCCGGUGUUCAUGUACUUCAAUGUUUGGUCCAUGUGCCAGAACGUCAGCUUAGUGGAGUCGGCCAACCUCUGCCUGGACCUCCGUCAGUUUGGGGCGGUAACCAUCGCCGAGGAGAGGAAGGUGUGCACGGGAUCUGAGAAGUUUUUCAAGAUGUGUGAAUCCAACGAGCUGGACCUGACCUUCCACCUGUUUGUGUGUGCGCUGGCCGGGGCAGGAGCUGCGGUCAUCGCCAUGGUCCACUUCCUGAUGGCCCUAGCUGCUAACUGGGGCUACCUGAAGGACGCCAGCCGGAUGCAGAAGUACGAGGACAUCAAGUCGAAGGAGGAGCAGGAGCUGCACGACAUCCACUCCACGCGCUCCAAAGAACGCCUCAAUGCCUACACAUAAACAUGCAGCCAGCAGACACGACACAGGCUUACCUGUCAGACACAUGCACACACACACACGCAUGCACAUGCAGGGCUCAACACGAGCCUGAGGACACACACUCAACACCCAUCACAUAUGAGACAAAACACACUCACACAGAUGACAAAUAAGCUGAAGAAGAAGAAAUGAUGAACUCCUGGACACCUUCACCGUCCUCGUGUCUGCAGCAGAUUAUUGGCUUAUCAGUGACAUCUAAACCCAAACGGUCGGCUUUGCUGAUAUGAAUAGCCGAUCUUAAAAAGCCCAAUUCCCAAUGAACGCCAACCAUCCCAAAACAAACAUGCUUAAGUUACAAAUACGUGAGCAGAACACGUUCCCCUGCGGCAGAAUAUUUGUAAAAACCAGCACAACAAAGAAAAACCAAAAAUGAAGAACCCCGUCGAGCCCAAAGAGCAUCCCAUCAAUUCUGAUUACCUGCUGCAGAUCCCAGAAGACGCUCUGCAGCAGACUCGUCAACGAGUUUGGUGUCUAUGAUGUCAUCAUUCCAGUGGGAGGGGCCGCAACCCCCCCCACCCCCCAACCCGAGACCUGAAACACACACACACACACACACACACACACACACACA